AUGGUCCGAAACGGCGUGGUCUGCCGCUUCACCGCCGCUCGGAACUCAGAAUCGAUUCAGCAAGACUUGGCCACUUACAACAAGAUUAUUAAACAACAUUGCUUGAUGCAGAGGGUUGAGAAGGGUGUUGGGAUUUUGAGGGGUAUGGCUGAGAAGGGUUUAUCCCCUGAUGCCCUUAGUUAUAGAUAUGUUAUAACCGGAUUUUGCAAUAACCGGUGCCCUGGGAAGGCGUAUGAAUUCAAGCUGGAGAUGGAUCAAAAGGGCAUCUUACCUGAUGCUUUCACGUAUUCCUCGCUUAUACAGGCCCUGUGCUCGAAACGAAGACUGUCCGAAGCUUAUCAUCUCUUCCAAGAGAUGCUUUCGCCACCAGAUGAUAUUACGUUUACUACAUUGAUGCAUGCUUGUUGUCUUGAAGGUGAAUUCAGUAAGGCUUUUCAUAUGCAUCAUCAGAUGAUACACAAGGGUGUUUUGCCUGAUUUUGUUACUGGGUUUUCGCCGGCUCUUUUUACAUACAACGCGAUUAUUCACGGGCUUUGCUUUUUAGGGAGGGUUGAGGAGGCCCUGGGGAUUUUGAGGGGCAUGCCUGAGAUGGGUUUGUCCCCUGACGCUGUUAGUUAUAUAAUUGUUAUAUCCGGUUUUUGCCAAAACCGCGAGCUCAGGAAGGCAUAUGAAUUGAAGGUGGAGAUGGAUCGAAAGGUUGUCUGGGGUUUGGAUGAAGUCACGUAUGCAUAUCUUAUGCAAGGCCUGUCGGAUGAGGAUACUUAUGCUAGUUUGAUAAAUGCUUAUUGUGCUCAAGGUGAAUUGUUUAAGGCUCUUACAUUGAAUGAUGAAAUGUCACACAAGGGUUCUUUGCCAGAUUCAGUUAUCGAGAGCGUGCUUAUUAAUGGACUUGAUAAGAAAGCUAGGACAAAACAUACUAAGGAGCACCUUCUGUUGACCAUUGCUAAUCAUAAGUAUACGUCUCUGCCAAAUUAUAUAAUAUAUGAUACUCUCAUAGAGAACUGCAGUAAUAAUGAAUUCAAGAGUGUGGUAGGGCUUGUCAAAGGUUUCAGCAUGAGGGGUUUAGUGAAUGAAGCAGCCAGAGCUCAUGACACAAUGCUUGAGGGGAAUUAUAAGCCUGAUGGAGCAGUUUAUAAUUUAUUAAUAUUUGAUCAUUGCAGAGGCCGUAAUGUUCAUAAGGCGUAUAAUAUGUACAAGGAGAUGGUCCGUUAUGGUUUUGUUUCUCAUAUGUUCUCUGUACUUGCUCUUCUUACUGCUCUACUUGAUCAUGGAAUGUACAAUGAGAGGAGUUGGGUAAUUCAAAACACAUUGAGGAGCUGUAAUCUCAAUGAUUCUGAGCUACAUAAAGUACUUAAUGAAAUUGACACCAGGAAAUUUCCUCUAAUUGGUGCUGCUCUUUUGGAUGUGCUAGCUGAAAUAGCCAUGGAUGGCCUGUUACUUGAUGGUAGAAAGUGUUCAUAUGCUUCAGCAAGUACCUAA